GAGAUGUGGUGCCUCCUCAUGCUGCUCUGCUCCCAAGGAAUUGCCUGUUCAGCAGGAUUUGCAACACCCUCCACUCUGAACUCAGACACAAGCCACCACAGGAAGACUCGCAACCCUGAAUGCUUUAUGAACGUUAGUGAAAUUAUCAGAUACCAUGGAUACCCCAGUGAGGAAUAUGAAGUUACCACGGAGGAUGGAUACAUUCUCGGUGUUUUCAGAAUUCCUGCUGGGAGGAACAGCCAAAAUACAGGUCAAAGGCUUGCAGUCUUCCUACAGCAUGCUUUUCUUGGAGAUGCUACCCACUGGAUUUCUAACUUGCCCAACAACAGCUUGGGCUUCCUCCUUGCAGAUGCUGGCUAUGAUGUCUGGAUUGGAAACAGCCGAGGGAACACUUGGUCUAUGAAACACAAGACUCUUAAACCCAGCCAGAAAGAGUUCUGGCAGUUCAGCUUUGACGAAAUGGGCAAAUACGAUAUCCCAGCAGAGCUGCAUUUCAUCAUGAAUAAAACUGGACAAAAGGAUAUAUACUAUGUUGGUCAUUCAGAAGGCACAACAGCAGGCUUCAUAGCAUUUUCUACAUACCCUGAGCUAGCUAAACGGGUGAAACUGUUCUCUGCUUUGGGCCCAGUAAUCAUAGGAACGCAUGCUACAAGUCCUCUGGUUAACAUAGCAAGACUUCCUGAACCACUGAUCAGGUUAGGAUUUGGCUGCAAAGGAGCCUUGCACCAGGUUGGAUUUCUGAAAGGACCUGUGACACAGUUAUGUACAAGCCUGGAUAAGUUGUGUGGCCAUAUUCUCAUUUACAUAGCUGGAGGCAGUAUAAAAAAUGUGAAUACGAGUCGAAUAGAUGUAUACGUAGGACAUUCCCCUGCUGGAACAUCAGUACAGAACAUUAUUCAUUGGCAUCAGCUAACACAUGGACAUAGAUUUUAUGCUUAUGACUAUGGGUCUAAGGAAAACAUGAAGAAAUACAACCAGUCUACUCCUCCUGAGUACAAGAUAGAGAAGAUAAACACACCAAUUGCUGUCUGGAGCGCUGGAGAUGACAAAUUUGCGGAUCCAAAAGACAUGGCAGAGCUACUUCCCCGGAUUACUAAUCUUAUUUACCAUGAGCAUUUUCCUGCAUGGGGACAUCUUGAUUUCAUCUGGGGCCUUGAUGCCACUGAGAAAAUGUAUAGGAAAAUCAUUGAACUAAUGAAAAAAUACUUUUGAA